AUUUCAUUCCCUUCACUGAACGACGUAACCUUGAGGUUGUAUUUAAAGAAUAAUGGCUGAAAUUCGUAAACUUGAGGUUGAAUGUAAAGCUAAGUGCUCUGCAGGGAAGUUUUACGCCAUGAUGACUCGUGAUGCACUCAAGCUCCCAAAAUAUACUCCUCAAACUGUCCACAAAGUCCAAGUUUUCCCCGGAGACGGUGAAGUUCGCGUGGGAAGUGUUUAUGUUUGGGACUAUCUACUGGAUGAUAAACCUUCUGCCGUCAUGACUAAAGUGAAGGUAACUGCGGUGGACCAUAAAAACAUGUCAAUAACUUUUACAGUUACUGAAGGACUUCUCAAGGAUGAUUACACAAGUUUUGCUAAUACACUUACUACCACUCCAGCACACAGUGAUGGAAACUAUAAUUGCCUUGUGAAGUGGUCUGCACAAUAUCAGAAAGCAAAUGAAGAUGUCCCUGAUCCGACAUACUUUAUGAAAAUGCUGGAAGAUUUUACCAAGGAAUUGGAUACCAAUUUGCUCAAGGAAUAGUACAAAAGAUGGAUCAUCUACCAAGAUGACUAUAUAUAGAGAGAGAUAUCUAAAUAAAGUUGUAAUAUGCACUUAACAGAUAUUUUUCUAAUCUAAAUAAAUUAAUAAAAUAUGCAGUCUCCGACUAAUCUUGCUUAAA